GUCACCUCCAUCCACAAAUGCAGCUGACGGAGCGUACCGACGUAUUUACCACCUCUUCAUAAAAACAAUUUAAAAUCCUUUGAGAAAAAAUAUCUUUCGUAUUAUGCGGCAGCCAAAGACAGUUGCCGCUUAUAUAUUCCAACACUUCGAAAUCUUUUCCUUUAGCUUUUUGGUGGUUUCGCUCUCGUUACGAUUUUCCUUUUCAGAUCCAUUUCGCGUAGCCGAUCAUCAUUAACAUACGAUACGAACUCAGCAGCUUCACUCAAAUGCUGCUGCGGCACUCGAUGAUGAACACUGCUGUGCCGCGCCCAGGCACGGUGUGCAAACUACUCGGCGCCACGCUGCUUACCUCAUCUAGGAUGUUCUUCACCACGACACCUUCGUUCUUCACUCCUAACAAAGUGCAGGUGUGUAUCAACGCUUCCGAUGGCACGCCUUACAAGCGCGCGUACGACGAGGGAACAAGCUUAAUGGAGGCCCUGCGAGACGAUCCCACUCUUCCUGUAGAUGCGGCGGGUGCGUGCAGCGGUACCUGCCAGUGCUCGACGUGUCACGUCUUGAUGCGCAGUCCGGAGUGGUUUGCGAAAACGGAGAAGCUGUAUCCUGUUUCGGAUGCGGAACAGGAUUGUCUCGACAAGACACCCGGGGCGACAGAUGCGUCACGACUGGGCUGUCAGGUGGUGCUGACGGAGGCGCUUGAUGGGUUGGAGCUUGAUUUGCCCAAGACGACUAUUGACCUGCGCUGGCAGGCGGCGUACCAGCGCGCUACGAAGAAGUAG